CUCAAGGUCAAAUUCAUAGACGAAAUUGUAUUAUUUUAGUAUAUUAGGUCGCCGGUUGCUUACUCAAGUUGUUUUGAUUGUAUAAAAUAAGGUUAAAUAUAAGUGAAAUUAUGUUUACACGUAAUUCGUUAACUAUAAAGCGAUUUAAUGCUUAUCGAUUAUCAUCAACGUUUAAUAUUGAUAUUAAACCUUUCGAAGCGAUACCAGGCUUAUCUUCAAUACCUCUUCUGGGUCCUGUACAUCAUUUUCUUCCAGGAAUAGGAUCAAUUGGUUUACGUGCAAACUUCUAUGAUCUAUCAAAAGUUCUGUAUGAGAAAUAUGGAUCUAUAGUUAAGUUAGAUGGCAUUUUCUCUAGAGCAAGCAUGGUCAUCCUGUAUGAACCGGAGCAUUUUGAUCAGGUGUACCGAUCUGAAGAUAUAUUGCCAUCUAGACCAGGAUUCGAUACGCUUUUGUAUUACAGGACUCAAUUAAGAAAAUCUGUAAGCAAUGGUAUAUACGGCUUAACGGUUGCAGAAGGCUCUCAAUGGCGGGAUUUUCGUACCAAAGUUAAUCCAGCUCUAUUGAAACCAAAACUGGUAAAAUUGUAUGCACCAGCGUUAGAGGAAAUUGCUGAAGAUAUGGUUGCAAGAUUAAAAAGAUUACAAGAAAAGGAAAAUUAUUUAAAGCAGAACUUAGACUUCGAAAUGACGAAAUGGUCAUUAGAAUCCGUGGCUGUUGUUGGUUUAGGGACGAGGCUUGGAUCCUUGGAAGAGAAUUUAACCAACGAUCACCCUGCGCGAAUUCUCAUACAGUGUGCACAAGAUAUAUUAGAACUUUCGUGGAAAUUAGAAUUUUUUCCAAGUCUUUGGCGAUAUUAUCCAACACGAAAUUUCAAGAAAAUGAUUAAAACAUUAGAUUUGCAAUGGGAAGCUAGUGUUAAAUUUAUAGAAAAAGCUAAAAGAAAAAUAAAUGAAAGAGGUCACGAUGUUCCAGAAGAAGAUAAAAGUGUAAUAGAGAAAUUGUUGGCUGUAGAUGAUAAGGUUGCUAUCAUGAUGGCAAAUGAAAUGCUGCUCGCUGGAAUCGAUACAGUGGCGUUUACAACACUUUGCCUUCUAUACAAUUUAGCGACGAAUCCGAAAGCUCAAGAAAAAAUAAGGGAAGAAAUCACAUCACCAGAACAAAGUAAUCGGUAUCUCAGAGCAUGUCUCAAAGAGUCGCUGAGAUUAUUUCCUGUCUUGCCGGCGAACUUAAGACGUACGACCAAAGAGCACAUUGUUGGGGGAUACUCUAUUCCCAAAGGAAUAGAUGUUAUAGCACCAAACGAAUUUCUCUCUAGGAUGGAAAAGAAUUAUCCUCGUGCAAUAGAAUUUAUACCCGAAAGAUGGUUGGUGGAGAAAUCAGAUCCUCUCUAUUAUGGCAAUUGCCAUCCCAUGAUAACACUUCCUUUUGGUUUUGGAGUAAGAUCGUGCAUUGGAAGAAGAAUUGCAGAAAUGGAAAUCGAAAUAUUUAUAAAGAAAUUAUUGAGUGAUGUUAAAGUAACUUGGGACGGCCCACCAGUUCAAGUUGUUACAAAAGUGAUGAAUUCUUUGAAAAAACCAUACUUUUUCAAAUUCCAACCAGUCUCUUAAAAUCAUGAGAUUAAAAUAUGUUUUAACUGUUUUCGUAUAA